AAAUCCAGAAGGAAUGAUAUUUGAAAGACAUUUCGAAGGCGCAAUUACUUCCCCACAAUAUUGCUGCCCUUUUAAAAUCUAAACUGAAAUAUCCGAUCGUUCAAGUUGCAACUAUCGUAGGGUUGAAAAGGCAGAAGAGGGUGGCCAAUCACGACGCGCGACCGUGGCCCGAUUACACGAGCGGUGAACGAUCUGGAGUUACUCCAGUCUUGGUUCCACGAAGAGCGAGUCGAAACACGCCGAGAGUGGGUGUAGAUUUUGACAGUUGACACCUCCAAGGUGCUCUCGACGUAACGCGCGUCCGUAUGAUGACGUAAACCGGCACCGGCGUCGCAUUCUGAACACGCGCGCAGUCCACUCGACCGACUGACCAUUCGGAAGGAUGACAUUGUGCUAAAUUCCGCCGACUGACGCGUACUUGGGGCGCAACGACGCAGACACCGGUGUUCACAGGCAUGGGCGAUGCUCUCGUGGCUGUCACUUCUUGAAAAUCGUCAGAAGAUCAUUCUCCGCCGUCCCUCCGAAAACGUCACCAUGGCAUCCGCCACGGAGCAGCAACAGCAGCAGCAGCAGCAACAACAGCAGCAGCAGCAGCAACAGACAACGCUGGAGUUCUACCAGGCGAUGGCAGACUUCAAGAACAUGUUUCCGCAGAUGGACGACGACGUGAUAGAGGCGGUGCUAAGAUCCAAUCAGGGAGCCGUGGACACCACAAUCGACCAAUUGCUCACUAUGAGUACUGACAACGAGAACGAGAAGAUCAGGAGUGAGCUGGAGCAGAAGGAGGAGCUUCCGAGCACCACAAAGUCACCCAGGAAAGAUACUAGCAAAUCUUCAUUAUUAAAAAGCAGUGUUCAAAAGUGGCAGCCUCCGCUGCUGGGACCAUUGCCGGACACCUUUCUCAGGCUCCCCCAGCAAAUGUCGGACGACGGCGUCGACUCGGCGUACUCGCAAGACAACUCUAUGCUGGAGGACGAGAGGAUCGCCAUGUUUCUGCAGAACGAGGAGUUUAUGGCGGAGCUCCGUUGGAACGAGGACUUUCUGUCCACGUUAGAACAUGACACAAAGUUGGAGAAAGGCAGCAGCCAGACGACUGGCCAUGACGACGAGGAUCUGUUCAAAGAAAGACUGAAAAACAUGGGCAAACUAUCCCGACGUAAAUUUGCGCAACUUACGAAGGUGUUCACUCGCAGCAAGAAACGCGGCGGCAGGCAAUUGUUACCACCGACGGCUUCUUGCGACGAUCUCCUGGACCCAGAAGAAUCAUCCAAACCUCAAUCCUAAAGAAAGAGAUCUCCUAUACGAUCCUGUUGUAAUAUUUAGCUCUUGUCUCUCGUCAUCAGGAAACUGGUAAAAUUCAAUGGCAUUUUACAGCUUAAUGUAAUUUAAAUGUCACAUGUCGUGGAAAGAAGCAUAUCUAUGCCGUAAUUUGCGAGAGACAAGAUAACUUACGUCAGGGUCGUGUAAGAUGUAAGUUAAUUAGCUAUUCAAGUUUCUAGCGCACUUGACGGCUGACAAUUAGCAGUAGAGAUAAUGGAAUUACAAGGUUGAAGACCUGAAGGUGCGUCAGUGAGAAGACGGAAAGUCUCAGCGGACAGAGUGAAUAUCAAGUGGAAAAUGCUUGAAGCGAAAAAAAAAUUAUCAAAAAAUCCGUAUCUCGAUAAUUACGCAGAUAUACGUAGGGAUUAAUUAAUCUUAAAGAAUUAAUUAAUCUUAAAGCAUUAAUCAAUCUUAGUGCGUUAAUUAAUCUUAAUGUAUUUUCUAGUAAGGAUGCAGGAUCUGUUUCUGAUAAAAAAUUCAGUGUGAUAUUUUACGAUGUUGUGACGUAAAUAUUAUUUUAAUAGAUUUUAUAUUUUGUUGUGACGUACGUUGCUUGCGAUUAUCUGUAUUAUUGUGUAUAAUUGUUUGAAGACUGACAGUUAAGAAAGUUUUUGCAGAAAUCUAUUGAGCGAUAAUAUUGGUAGAAUUAUCAUUGCUAUUGGAAACAUAUAAAUUCAAAUUAAGAGAACGACGGUCACCGUUUCACGUAAGCGUGACAAUUGAAACGGAAUAAAAUUUUUAUUGUAUGCAAAGUACGCGAGGCAUUUGCUUUCUAGCAUAUACGGCUACGAAAGUAAUUGAUGUUGUAUAUAUAUAUAUAUAUAUAUCUAUGUGCAUCGUACGCCGAUAGUGCGUUAAUAUUAAUUAGGCACAAUAGUUUAUUGAAAAUUAAAAAACGCAACAUCGAUUGUUCAGAUUGUUGAAAAGAAAUUGUGAUUCUUUUGAAAAUCCGAUUCUCUAGGGAAGACGAAGAUCUGGUAAAAUAAGAAAUUAAUUCUUCAAAAAAAAAAAAAAAAAAAAAA